AUGGACACUAUUCCGUUGCCAAAUCAACUCAAUGCUUUUGUAAGGAUAAUAUCUAUAAUAUAAGAGUAGUUUAUUCUUAGAACUUGAUAUAAUUUGUUUUAUUUUUUAGUGUUUUUAUUAACACGUUGUGGGACUCUAUAUCCUUAAAAUUAACAAUUUCAGAACUGGAUGGUAGAAACAGCUACGGCAUCAGGUCAUUCUUUGCACCGUGAACUUGUUUUACCAAUAGAUACAAGUAAGUUUUGAUUUUACGAAGUGUUGAAAAAACUCUGUAAACUACAGUUAUUGGCCAGUGAAUGUCUAUAUUGGCUUUAAAAUAAAUUUAUGUGUUACAGUAGGCGAGUCAGCUCGAAACCGCUUUGGGCGACCGUACAUUUCUGGACGACCACUGUUAGCGUGCGACAGAAAGAAAAUAAUCGAAAUGUACAAGGAUGGAGCCAGGAAGAUAACGAUCGCCAGAACGAUCGGUGUCACGCAUAGCUGUGUCAGUAAAGUGAUACGGAAGUAGGUUGUACAAUAUUAACAUAGUAAUGAGAAUCAGCAAACUUUUUAAUUUUUUUGUUAUACGUUUUUUAAUUGAUUUUAUACUAAAAAACAGUAUUUUUAAAAAUAUAACGAUAUUUGACUGUAAUUGUAGGUUUGAAGAAACGGGUGAUGUAGACAAUAAAAGUUCAAGGACAGCCUCGUGUGCGUGUCCUGGAGAAGCCGAUGCUCACGACCCUCGCAUCUGUAGACACGUCAAGUUCAGGAAAGAAAUGAACCUGCCUGAAUGGAAACCAUCUUUUCAAGUGCCAAAAAAGAAGAAACUCGUUGUGUUUUCUAUUGAAUGGUAACAGUUUGUAGUACUUUACCCAUUUAAAAAGUUACCGUAUCAAAGAGGCAAAGUAGUUGUGAGAUGUAUUAUUAGAAGAUAUUGCUAGCUACACGACUAUAUUGAGCUUUUCAGGAUUCUGAGCGAGCAUUGUGCUGCCAACUCCUAUUCAACGUCAAAACUUAAAGUAUGACGUUUCUCGCGGUAUUACAAACAAAUCGUAUGUACAUAUACUAGUAAUUACCGCUCGACCAUUGGCGCAACGAGGUUAAUCCGGCCUUAAACAGUUCCUCUAAAACUUUCAAUUUCUUCGACUUUUGUACUCUUAACCUGUAUUUAUUCGUUUCCUUCAUGCUUUAACGAUUAAUAAAUGUUUAUCAACUUAAUUAAGGUAAGCAAACGUGUUAAUGGCGUUAAUUUUUGAUAGCGAGUAGAAAAGGACUACAUUUUUGUAAGACAUUAAUAUUGUAAAGGUCAAUCAUAACAUAAAUAGUACUUUCAGACAACUCAAAUUGAGUUAGUUAUUAUAUCCGCUAUGAUGUCUGUCAUGUUAUGUAGAUCAUGCACACCAACUCAAAGUGCGAAUCAUGACAGUGCAUCUGGUGGCGUUUGUUGUCCACAAUUAACAGCCACUACUGUAACCGACAGUAAUUUUGCAAACGGUGACAUGACAUUUACAUACGACAACGAUGCGUGUCCUCAAACUGUCACGGCAACAUGUUCGUACGUUUUUCAAUCUUACAGUGUUUAGAACAUAAGGUUGUGUUUAGCGCUAUUGUAGUCAAAUUUUCACCAAACUGUGCAGUUUAACAAUAAGUAUUUUUUAUAGAUAACUAUCUCCUAACCAUAAAAAGAUAUAUUAUGCAUGUAUAUACAUAUUAAUAACUUCAGAAUCCCAUCAAACGCUGGUACUGACUUAGGGACCUCAAUUGUGGCAAACGACGACAACUUUUUAGCGACAGCCGCUGGAACUUCAUCCACGUUCCCAGGUACAUGUGAUAGUAAUGGUCAAUGGGAGAUGGGCGAUCCACCGAUUGUGAUUCAGACAAUAGAAUGUCGGCUGACGAACGAAUAA